CUCUCUCGUCGGGCUUCCCUAUCCCGCAUUGGAGCGCGUUAAUGGGAGUAUUUUGUCUAUGCGCUCCGGCGGCAGACCUGAAUCAAAACCCACGGAAGCAAAAAGCCGAGGAAGAGUGAAAUGUGAGUCAAUUCUCGCGGACACAUCACGCACGCAUGGGACUGUGGAUGUGUUUCAAGCGGACAGCGCGCGCGAGAGUCGAGCGAUCUUAACCUGAGGUGACAAAGGACUCUGAAGUACGUCGGCGCAGCUCACGCGCAAUCGUUAAGACGCACGAGGGGUGCAAAACAGCAAAUGACCUAAAUCUGUUCACCGUCAGAAGUUGGUCUGUCUCACUGUUCAGUUCCAUUCUUUAACAGGAGGAGGGGACUCCUGCCCUCUACCUAAUGUACCUGGUGGCAGAACAAAGGCAAGGGAAGGGAUGCAUUGUGAUGAAGCAUGUAAAUCAAACUACUUACUGCACGUGUGUAUAUUAUGCAGGACAUAUAUUUCUUCUGCAAUGACUUACAUGCCCUCUGGAUUUGUUAUGCAUCGCACUGACUAACGCAUUAAUGUCGCGAUGGCUUAGCAGCCAAUCCUCCUAACUUGUUACAGGGUACUCUGCUUUGCGAGUCUGCAAGUGAUGGCCGUGAACUCUGACAGUGAAAGUGGUGCAUCAGGCUCCUCCACGCGCGAGAGUAGUAGCUCCAAGGCGCCCCAUCGAAAUGGAUAUAUGAAAACAUGUGUCGUGUCGCUCCGUCAGGACUCUGACUGUGGCUGGUGGGAGAGGCUUAUAUUCAAUAAAAUAUGGACUUCCCAAAAGCUGAACUCCACCGUGUGCGUGGGGUCGCUUUCGUUUUUUCUCGCUCUGGUGGUCAAAUGCGUGGAGUGGGAGAGUGAAUCAGGCGGUGACAGACAGCCAGCCUCGUCGUCCUUCAUUCAUUUUCUAUCCAGCUGCGCGGGGGAGCUAUUGCUAACUUUGUGGCAUGUUAUCUCGCCUGUUUUCACCCUUGCAUGUGCCUUCUUCUGGGUCGGUCUCUACCUAAUCCGGUGCGGAAUAUACAUAAGAACUUCUCUGUUCCUUCUCACAGUGUGCCACUUGGGCGAAGCCUCGGCGCGCUGCCUGUUCGACGGGGCGAAUGGUCAGACGUUCUCUCUUACGUCUGCCGUGGUGGUGCUCGCUUGCUUGGCAAGCGGCGCACUCAUGGUGCUGAGACUUAAACAGGGGGUCUCCGUCAUCAUUUUCAUCAGCGUCCUCAGGACUAUUUCGCUCAUAUCCCUGAACAAAGUGCGAGGAGCCUGGAGACCUUACUUGGCAUACCUGGUCGGAGUGGUUGGAAUCUUACUAGCGAGGUAUGCUGACAAGGUCUUUCCGAAAGAAGGGACUCACCGGGAGGGUUGUACCUCCGUGACUGGGUCGAAGGAAGAGGUCCCUGUAUUUAAAAGGCGAAGGAGGUCCAGCUCGGUAAUAUCCUCAGACAUGGCACACGGUCAGUCCAACAGCAAGUCACUUAGGAGGACUUCAUUGCCAUGCUUGCAAAGAGACCAGAUACACCCAGAAUGGGACCAAAAGAGAGGAUCCAGAGGAUCACAGUCGCUGGGCACGAGCGUGACGGUGGACAUCGCGGUGAUGGGCGAGGCUCAUGGCAUGAUCUCGGACCUGCUGGCGGACCCCUCUCUCCCCGCCCACACCUGCACCUCCCUGCGCGCCGUCAGCAGCCUCCUCAGCACGCAGCUCACCUUCCAGCCACUGCACCGGCCGCGACUCAGCCAGAUGCAGCCCGGCGCCGGCUCCGGCACCGCUGGCCCCGCCUCCGCAGACGCACACGCCUGCUCCGACUCCGAGGAGGGUUCCGAGAAGCCAGAGAAGCUCACCAUUCCAAAACGCCUGAAGCGGAGUUUGCCUCCGGGGCUGCUGCGUAAGAUCUCGUCCUCCUGGACCACCACCACCUCUGCCACGGGGCUGCCCACCAUCGAACCCGGGCCCGUACGCACCAUCGAGCCUGGGCCCGUACGCAGGGACCGGAGCGCCAGCAUCAAGCCUUACCACGAAGCCCUCAUCUGCAGCUGUGGGCGACCCUUCAGCAAGCUGAGCCAUGGGGAGGGAUCCACAGACCGGAUACACCGGACAGAUGACCUGGUGGUGGGGUCGUCGGACUACGAGAGCAUGGCGGAGGCCAACCACAGUGACAGCAGCGAGCAGGGCCCAGGAGAGGAGCAGGCGGAGGGGGCACAGAGGAGCGCGGAGCCCCCUGACACACACCGGAGCUACCGAUCACCCAGCGUCAUCCUGCACCCACUCAUCCCUGCAGAGGAUAAACCCAUCCUGGCUCCAGAGCCGUUCGUCAUGGAGGACCUGGAGCCCCUGAUGUGCCAGAUCAACAACUGGAACUUCCCCAUCUUCAGGCUGGUGGACAAGACCCAGGGCAGGUGCGGACGCAUCCUCAGUCAGGUUGCCUACAAGCUCUUUGAGGACACGGGGCUCUUUGAGAUCUUCAAGAUCCCAGUGCAAGAGUUCAUGAACUACUUCCAUGCCUUAGAGAGCGGCUACAGAGACAUCCCAUACCACAACCGUAUCCAUGCUACAGACGUGCUGCAUGCCGUGUGGUACCUCACCACCCAGCCUGUGCCCGGCCUUCCCAGCGUCCUCCAUGACCACAACUCUGCCAGUGACUCGGACUCGGACAGUGGCGUGGCCCACAGCCACAUGGGGUACCUGCUGUCCAAGACGUACCCGGUGUCGGAGGACGGCUACGGCUGCCUGUCGGGCCUCAUCCCCGCUCUGGAGCUCAUGGCUUUCUACGUGGCCGCCGCCAUGCACGACUACGACCACCCCGGACGCACCAACGCAUUCCUGGUAGCGACUAGUGCCCCACAGGCCGUGCUGUACAACGACCGUUCUGUGCUGGAGAACCACCAUGCGGCGGCGGCCUGGAACCUCUUCAUGUCCCACCCCGAGUACAACUUCCUGGGUCACCUGAGCCACGUGGAGUUCAAGCGGUUUCGCUUCCUGGUCAUCGAGGCCAUCCUCGCCACCGACCUGAAGAAGCACUUCGACUUCCUGGCCGAGUUCAAUGCCAAGGUGGCCCAUGAUGUAGGCACGGGCAUCAACUGGUCCAAUGAGAACGACAGACUGCUGGUCUGCCAGAUGGCCAUUAAACUGGCCGACAUCAACGGCCCUCUGAAGGCUAAGGACCUCCAUCUCCAGUGGACACAGGGGAUCGUCAACGAGUUCUAUGAACAGGGAGAUGAGGAGUCCAGCCUGGGCUUACCCAUUAGCCCCUACAUGGAUCGCUCGGCGCCCCAGCUGGCCAAGCUGCAGGAGUCCUUCAUUACGCACAUCGUCGGGCCGCUCUGCACCUCGUACGACUCGGCCGCCCUCAUCCCGGGACGCUGGGUGGAGCCCCCUGGAGGUGUGGUGGUGGAGGAGGAGGAGGGGGAGGCGAGCGAGGAUGGAGGAGGAGGAGAGGGAGAGCUGGAGUCUUCAGGGGCGACUCAGGCAGCUGAGGAAGAGGAGGAGGAGGAGGAAGAUGAAGAUGCUUCUACCAGCUCUGAGGCCUCACAGACCCAAGCGGCCCCCAAGAAGCAGCGGCGGAAAGUCUUCUGCCAGAUCACGCACCACCUGGUUGAGAACCAUGAGAUGUGGAAGAAGGUGAUCAGCAGCGAGGAGCAGAAGGAGGAGAAGAAGGAGGCCAGCAGCAACCCCACCGAGGAGCCCAUCACAGAGGAGGAGGAGCCGGCGAGCAAAGAGGAGUCGGCCGGGGGAGGAGGACGAGGAGGAGGCGAGGAGGCGACAGCCGGAGACGGAGAUGGAGAUGGGGAGGAGGGCCUGUCAAGUCUGGAGGAUAUCGACUCCCCACAGCCAGAGGAGGAGGAGGAGGCGCAAGAGGAGCCAACGGCCCCAGAGGAGUGAAGCGUUGUUUUGGGGUGGGGAGAGAAGCGUCUCUCGUUUGCCCCACAGGAAUUAAGUGGUUUUGGGAGGAGGGAGGUUGAGGGAGAAGUGUCUCUGUUUUAGCGUGACAAACUUUCACAGAUCCGACGUCAGAGUCUCCAGCACAUUCACUUAGUAAAGAAACACUGUAGCAGGGAAUCAGAAGGAGGGAGCACGCGCCCGGAACACACUAAGGCUUCUUUUCAGCAAGCAGAGAGAGAGAGAGAAAGAAAAAGACAGAAAGAGAGAGAGAGAGAGAAAAAGAGAGAGAGAUAUCUCCCUCCUUUGUCUCUCAUCAACACUCUUCGAAAGACAUUGUUUCGUUUUUCCACAGGGAGACAGACAGGACAGACACUCUUCUCCUCUUCUCCACUUCUCCUCUUCACCUUCUCCUCUCCUCUUCAUUUCCGAUGUCAGGUGUGAAGAGACUCUGACUUUCUCGGAGCAGGAACCAACACCGCAGCGCUGAGUCACCAAAUCACCUGAUUGGUCUCUCAGCCUGCGGCCUCCUCAACGCUGAGUCACCAAUCCCACCUGAUUGGUCUCUCAGCCCUGUGGCCUCCUCAACGUCGCCAGUAAAACUGCUAAACAAUAACAAUCCCCCCAAACCCUGUUGACACAUCACAGACUUAUGCAAUUUUUUAAAAGGGGUAAAUUACUUUGGAAGCCAGCCCAGUGCUUGCAACGCAACACACACACACA